UCAAAUGUUGUAGAUGGAAUUUACACCGUGCGGGCGGAGAUUAGGUUUCCCAUGUUGAGCAGGCGGCUAACGAAUGAAUUAAGAUUUUAAGAAGUCACACUGUUUUUCCACAUUAAAACGUACGUUUGGCCGAUAAACCGCGUUAGUUGCUUAAUUGAAAGCAAAGUCUUGAUUUAUACUUAGAAUUAAGUACGAAAUCGUGAUGGCGACUGCAACCCCUAGCCGCUCAGCCACCGAGAGUGCUCGGACGGCCGCAGGCACCCCGCUCUCCCCAACGCGUAUCUCGCGCCUGCAAGAGAAGGAGGACUUGAGGCAUUUAAAUGAUCGGUUGGCUGUUUAUAUCGACCGUGUGCGAUCGCUUGAAUUGGAAAAUGACCGUCUUAUGGUGAAAGUCUCCGAGAAGGAAGAGAUCACAACCCGGGAGGUGACUGGGAUCAAAGCGCUGUACGAGUCCGAGUUGUCGGAUGCCCGCCGCGUCCUGGAUGAGACCGCACGGGAGAGAGCCAGGCUGCAGAUUGACCUGGGGAAGGCCAAUGCUGAACUGGAGGAGGCCAACAGGAACUUCAAGAAGAAGGAUGGGGACCUGGCCAUCGCCCUGGCUCGCAUUAAAGAGCUGGAGUCUCUGUACAACAAGAGCGAGGCGGCCCUCAACACCGCGCUGAGUGAGAACGGGGCCCUGGGGGCCGAACUGGCCGACCUCAGAGCCCAGCUCGCUAAGGCUGAGGACGCCCAUGCGGUGGCCAAGAAGCAGCUGGAGGCGGAGACCCUGAUGAGAGUGGACCUGGAGAACCGCUGUCAGAGCCUGUCGGAGGAGCUCCAGUUCAGGAAGAGCAUGUUCGACGAGGAGGUGCGUGAGACCCGGCGGCGCCAGGAGAAGCGCUUGGUGGAGGUGGACAGCGGGAUGCAGCAGGACUACGAGUUCAAGCUGUCCCAGGCGCUGCAGGACCUGCGCAAGCAGCACGAUGAGCAGGUCUCCAUCUACAAGGUGGAGCUGGAGCACACCUUCAAGGCCAAGCUGGACAACGCGAAGGUGUCCUCCGACAUGAACGACAAGGCUGUGUGCACAGCGCGAGAGGAGCUCCGUGAGGCACACAUGAGGAUCGAGAGCCUGGGCUACCAGCUCUCUGCCCUGCAGAAACAGGCCAGCGCGGCUGAGGAGCGUAUCCGCGAGCUGGAGGACAUGAUGGCCAGCGACCGGGAUAAGCACCGCCGGCAGCUGGACGCCAAGGACCGCGAGAUGGCCGAGAUGAGGGACUGCAUGCAGCAGCAGCUCAACGAGUACCAGGAGCUGCUGGACGUCAAGCUGGCCCUGGACAUGGAGAUCACCGCCUACAGGAAGCUCCUGGAGGGAGAGGAGGACCGGCUGAAGCUGAGCCCCAGCCCCUCCUCCCGGGUGACCGUGUCCCGCACCACCGCCAGCAGCAGCUCCUCGCGCUCCUCCCGCGGGAAGAGGAAGCGCCUGGAGGUGGAGGAGGAGGUGUCCGUCCCCAAGUUCCAGAUCUUGCAGGACUCCGAGGCCUCUGGGAGCAUCUCCAUCCAGGAGAUGGACCUGGAGGGGAAGUCCGUGACCCUGAAGAACGACUCCGAAAAGGAUCAAGCCCUUGGCAACUGGAGACUGAAGAGGCAGGUCGGGGAUGAGGAGGAAGUGACCUACAAGUUCAGCCCUAAAUAUGUCCUGAAGGCUGGCCAGACCGUCACGGUGUGGAGUGCAGAUGCUGGCGUGUCCCACAGUCCCCCGACAGACCUGCUGUGGAAAAGUCAGAGCACCUGGGGUACAGGAGAUGACGUGCUCACAUACCUGGUCAACUCUGACGGAGAGGAAGUGGCCAAGCUGGUCGUGAACAAAACCGUGGUGGAGGUGGAGAACGGCGACGACGACGAUGACUUGGGGGAGGAGGAUCUCUUCCAUCAGCAGGGAGAUCCAAAAACAUCAUCCAGAGAAUGUUCGAUCAUGUGAGAGUGGACCUUCAUCAUUGUUUUUUCUACAAUUUAGAAGAAAAAUUUACACCUCUAGAGCCACCUAAAUAUUUUUGUACAUUUCAGCAUUUUACUCAGUUCUCCGGAUCUUUUAAAAUUGUUUUUCUUCCAAAGCAAGUUACUCUGCCUAGCUUUUUAAGUGGACUUGUUUUUAAGCAAUCAUUUAAUUUUGGACAGCCCUAAUGCUCAAAUUUUAAAGAUUUUUAGACCUUUAACCCCAUCCCCCCUGCAAAGGAAGUAGUUUUCUCCUGGGCUCUGCAAUCAUACCCUCGUAUGCCGUCAUACCUAAACCAACGAAAUGUUAAUUAGACCGAAGUGACUUCUACGGGGGCCUCUGAAGGACAAUUGGACACAGACGGAAUGAAACAGUUCCCUUCUACACAAGACCCAUUGAGCUGUAUUGCGGAAGCAGUCCCUGUUGAAACAAACACAGCAAAAUGAGUGGUGUUGAAUGUUGUUGCCUGGGCUUACAUUUGGAGACUUAGGUCUUUAAGGUCGUUUUUUUUAAUGUAAAUGUCUCUAAUGAAGGCAUUCUUCCAUUUUGUCUCAGAUAUGUCAAGCAUUCUAAAACUGCAUUGCGUGACCGUUUGACUAUAGGCAAUCUGGCGAAAGAGGAUUCCAACAGUACUGCUGUAAAAUUCUUCUCUCUGUCAAAAGCAACAGUUCAGGUGGAGAUUUCUGGUCAUUUGUGGUAUUUUAGGUUCACAACAUUCCAGUAUUUUUCAGGAAUUGCUUCCUUUUUCUGGAGGAAUAUCUGGAGCAGAUGAAGGCACUAGGCAGUUAAAAUGGUGGCUUAGGGAUUUUUGCUUUUUUAUUCUUUAAACUGACUUAACUGACAGCCAUUACAUAUAAGUUCAAUGUCGCCUCUUAUUAGCCUGGCUUUGCUUAUAUAAACAGGGUGGAAAACUCAGUAUGCCGUUAGUGUAAAUUUGAUUGACUGCAAUUUAAACAAGAAUAUAUAUUUUCUCGAGACGAUUUGCCUUAAUUCAGCGCAAAUAAAUACAACUAACGCAGAAUUGAAUAUGUUGAUUUGAUCAACCUCCAAAUGUAAAAUUUACAAAAUAGAUUUGUAAAGCAUCUGAAAUUGCAACCGCAAAUGAGGCAGUGCUUCCUAUUGGCUACAGUUGGAUGACAUAAAACAUUUUCAAAAAGAUACUGCUGCAAAUGUGAUUACGAAUGGAUUAAAAAUGCCAAAGACUACACGUUAACAUUAAACCUUAUCAAUGCAGAAUUGAAUGCUUGGUAUAGUCCAACAUUUGGGUUAAGUCAUGCUUUGGUUAAUGUCUUACAUGACUGUUAACUUGACUUAAGAGCCAAAAUUGGCUCUUUGGUUAGUUAGUGUGCAACACAUUUUGCUCCCCCCCCCCCCCCCCCCCCAUCCCAAGUGCUGGUAAAAGGUGUAAUAAAGGCCAUUUGAAGGUACUGCAUAUAUGCCUCCAAUAUAAGAUGUAUUGUUGGGUUGGUUGCUUUCAACCCAGUUGGAUAGGCCAGUGUAACAAAUGCCUAAUUAUGAAUUACGCAGCAUGGAAUUAGUUGCUUUGAGUUUGCCAAAUCAUGACUCGGCUUGAUGCAUUUUAGGGAGGAAGACUCCCAUAAAUGCAUCUUUCCACCCUGUUUAUGCUAACACUUGUAUGUUUUCAGUUAAUUAAUCACGAAUUUUAUAUCUUUGUAAAUGUACAAUUAUGUUUCUCAGACAAGCAGUUAUGCACAGUAUAUUUGUUUUUUUUAAGAAAAAGGACUACAAAUCAAACCUAACAUCUGGCUGUAAUUUUCAAUAGAAAAAAAACCUGCAAACAAGAUCCAGGUGUUUUCACGUUUCACAUUUUUAGGUUUGCAUCUACUGAAUGUAAGGUUGUGCCUGUAGUUUGAAUAAAGGACCUUAAUGGAGGGUAAUAUUCUCAUUUAAGACGUCCUCGUGGUAGUUUAACGGGGGCUGCAGCAUUGGUUGUAUUCUUUCAUUGUCCAAAGAAAAUGUUAUACGAUUGUCAAACUGAACAGCUGCACCAGUCUGUGACAGGCCUUAGACCAUGUUUGCAAUAAACAAGGACUUCUAUGAUGAGACCUCAGGGUCAGAAAAUGGAAGGAAACUUGGGAUUUGUUUUCCCCCUACAAUAUAUUGUAUCCUAAUGAGGCUGCAACUGACUUAACUGGGUGGACGAGACCUUUAAAUUUAACUUCACAAAUCCAAUUGGAUGAAUUAUGGUACUUGUUUAUUGCAAGUAGCAAAAACCUUCAGGAUAAAGAAGGCAGUGCAGCUUCACUCCAUGAUUCCAACAUUGGGCUGGGAAACCAUCUUUUAUUUCUUUUCUUUUUUUUUUCUCCAUUGUCAUCAAAUGCUGUGCUUUGCAUUCUUAAAUGAUUUUAAUAGAAUUAUGGUAUAUCAAAAAUGUGUUUACAUAAAUGUGAGUAUUUUUGCAAAUUGUUCUCUAAAGAUGGUAAAGUUUAGGUUAAAAAAAGUGAAUGAUUUUGUUACGAAGUGCGUAUUUGUCUUUGAUUUGUUUUGUAAGCGCAUUUGGCAUUUCUGAAAAUGUGUCACUCAAAGUGCAGUAAUAAUUCCUUUCCUGUAUUUUCUGUAGGAACAAGUACUGAAAAUGGAAUAGAUUCCAAAAGGCAAAAUACAUUUCAUUCUACUUUGUUGGUACACUUGGGCAUUGUAUAGGAAUGCAGUUGUGAAUUUGUAGGAAACUGUGAUGUCUAUACACAAUUUGUGAUGUGUAUAGAACCAAAAGGCUACCGCAACCGGUUCAUCACUGAACAUUUUGAAUAAGCUUUAAAAAUGGUCAAGCCAUUGUUUCAUGCACUGUUUGAAUUGGUACAUUGCACUGCCAAAUUGAUUCAGGUUUGUCUAAAUGCAAGUAUUUUUUAUUUUUUCUUAGCAAUGCUUUUUAGCUUGGGAGUCUGGCUGAUUACAUGGGAGUUUGUAAAGGAGUAUGGCCCUUACAAAAAAAAAAUCAAACGAGUGAAAAUUGUGCCAGAAAGUGCAUUGAAUAAUGAUUUUGAUUAAUAUUACUGCAAGUGAAAUACAGUUCAGAUACUAUGAAAUGCACAAGUCGUGUGCAAUGUGAAGCCUCAGCUGAUUUACUUGAGCCAAAUUGGAGUUGGGAAUAAGUGUUUUAAUUUGAAAUAUUAAAAAUAAACCUAAACUUUAUCAUUAAUAUGAGAACUAAUAUGGGUGUGAACUAGGGACGGGUGCAUGCCAAAAGUGUUUGUGUUUGUCUUUCUUCCAUAUUUGUUAUAACAUUUACUUUGGAGGAAAUUUUAUACAACAUAAUACAAAUAAAUGAUUUACAUAUGAA